AUGCCUUUCAAUGAUAAGAUUAUCACUCUUAUUACGGGCGCCAACGGAGGCAUCGGCUUUGAACUCGCCUCGCAACUCCUAGCCGACGGCAAGAACUUCGUCUUACUCGGCAGCCGCUCGCAGGAGAAAGGCGAAGCCGCAGUUCAGGAGCUGAAGAAGCGUAGUCUACCCGGCACGGUCGAGCUGGUGCAAGUCGACGUGAGCGACGAGCAAAGCAUCGCCAAAGCAGCAGGAGAAGUAGAGGAGAAGUACAGCCGCAUCGACGCCCUCGUCAACAACGCAGCCAUAGCCGGCGAAACACCCCCCACCCACUCCCUCCCCCGCCGCCUAACCGCAGCCUUCUUGACAAACAGCACGGGCCCCGCCAUCGUCGUCGAGUCCUUCGCCCCGCUGCUCUCCAAAUCCACGGCCAAAACACCCCGCAUCGUGAACGUCACGAGUGGAGCGGGGAGUAUCUCGCUGCGCCUCGACAGCGAGAAUCCGCACCAACAGAUGAAAGUCGUGCCGUACCGGAUGAGCAAGGCGGCGCUUAAUAUGCUCACUGCGUGUCAGGCGUAUGAGUACGGGCCGUUGGGGUGGAAGGUUUUUGCGUUUUGUCCGGGGUUCACGGCGAGUGGGCUUAGUGAUAUGAAUAAGGAGGAGCUUGGGGCGAAGCCGACGAGGGAGGGGGCGAGCCCUAUUGUGGAUAUUCUGGCGGGGAAGAGGGAUGGUGAGCAUGGGGGGUUUCUGCAUGCGGGUGGGCAGCAUCCUUGGUAA